GAAUGGAGGUCUUCAUGGUUGGAAACUGCGUGCUGGUGUUGAUCCAGGAAGCAGUGUAGUUUCAGUGGCCGGAUCGCUCGGCGGUGUUUGUUACGCUCUUAUAUUGCUCGUGGUCGAUAUCAUGGAUGUGCUUUUGUGUGUUCGGCCAGUCGUAAAUGGUUUGUUUUAGAGAAGAAAACUGUUAGCAAGGAUCUUCGAUUCAAUUGCAGUAGAAAAGUUUUACUGAGAGUCAUGACGCUGUGGAGGGAAAGUAAGGAUGGCGAGCACCUUCGUGUCAAGAUGAAGGUACCGGAGGAGGCGCCGUGUGACGAGUGCCGCAGGUCGAGGCUGCUGCCCGCACUUCUGGCCGAGGCUAGGUCGCAGCCGGCAGACUGCGGCAACGCCCCAUCACCGCCACCCUGGCUUCACCGCGACAAGGUCGCAAUAGGUCAGGCUGUCUUCCAACGCUACUUCUUGAGCAUCUUCGUAAGCAAUUUGGUUGGCCUGCUUUGCCUGCUCACCGUAGAGACCGUCGUGAGGGUGCUGGCCUUCACAGGUCGUUCUUCCUUGCCAUCCACUUCGUACAAGCGAUAUUUGAGCACGAUAAACCAUCUCAGACAGUGGUAUUCUUCUGAUGUCUUUAAUAAAGAGUCAAGAGCCUACAAGUCCAUUCAACUAGUUCGACGAAUGCACACAUCAUCUCAUUUUGAAGCUCAAAAGUCGCAGAAAUGUUUUACUUCCCAAGCAGAUAUGGUGGUUACACAGUGGGCAUUUUUUGGCCUUGCACUUACUCAUGGUUCCCAAUUUGGUGUCCGGUUAACCAGAGAAGAGGAAGAAGGACUUGUCCACUUCUGGAGGAUCAUAGGAUACCUAUUAGGAAUUGAGGAGAAAUAUAAUCUGGCUAAAGGAAGCAUAGAAGAGGUGAAGACCAACUGUCAUGCACUUGUACAUAAAAUAAUAAUCCCAGGUCUAGUCACUCCUCCUCCUGAGUUUCACCCAAUGGCAGAUGCAAUGCUCCAUGGAAUUCACUUGAUUGUACCUGUCAUGGAUCCACCAGCCUUCGCAGAGUUUACAAAGUGCAUAUUUGGAAUUGGAUAUAGCACGAGUAAACUCUCAUGGCACUCAAGAUUCAUCUUUAAUAUUAUGAAAUGGAACUUUUGCACACUCCUCCACAUCCCAGUUCUGAAUGUGCUGUUGCGUGUAUAUGAGAACUUCCUUUUAACCUUUGCAUUGUUUAUUUGUAAUAGUUUGCCUGUAAUUAGGUCAUAUUAUACAUGGGUUCAAAAGAAGGUAAGUGGCUUGUGGCAAGACAUCACAGAAUCUUUCAUGAACAUUAUAAAAGGAAUAUUAUUGUUGUUUAAUCUUGAGAGUUCCUGAAAUAUUCCUUGGUUAAUAUGAUCUGCAGAGUUUAAUGAAGUUCCUGUUUAUUUUGUUUCCCUGUUUUCAUACUAUUAAAUCAAAUCAUCAACAGUAUUAGCUGCAUACUUCAAUAAAAAAAAUAAAGAUACAA